AUGGAGUUGGGGAAAGGAAAACUGCUCAGGACUGGACUGAAUGCGUUGUAUCAAGCAAUACACCCAACCCAUGGCCUUGCCUGGACUGAUGGGAGUCAGGUAGUCCUAACCAAUUUACAGCUUCACAAUGGAGAAGCCAAGUUUGGGGACUCCAAAGUCAUUGGACAGUUUGAACAUGUCUGUGGUCUGUCCUGGGCCCCAGCUGGUACAGCUGACAUACCCACUCUGCUUGCUGUCCAGCACGAGAAGCAUGUCACUGUGUGGCUGCUGUGUCCCAGCACUAUGGAGACAAGCAAAUGGCUGAUGUCUCAGACCUGUGAGAUUACAGAAUCACUUCCUGUCCUUCCCCAGGGUUGUUUGUGGCAUCCAAAAAAUGCUAUCCUGACUGUGUUGACUGCACAGGAUGUUUCUGUUUUCCCUAAUGUUCACUAUCACAGUUCCCGGGUAAAAGCAGACAUCAACACGCAGAGCCGCAUUCAGUGUGCAUGUUGGACCCAGGAUGGCCAGAGGCUGGUGGUGGCAGUAGGCAGCAGCCUGCAUUCUUAUAUUUGGGACAGUGCUCAGAAGACUCUUCAGAAGUAUUCCCUCUGCCCAGUAUUUGAUGUGGACAGCUGCAUCUGCUCCAUCAGGGCAACUGUGGACUCACAGGUUGCUCUAGCCACUGAGCUUCCACUAGAUAAGAUCUGUGGCCUAAAUGUAUCUGAAAUCUUCGACGUUCCCCCUAAUGGUGAAGACACUUUUCUGUAUACUUUCCCAGUUAUUGGUGAAGUGCCCUGUAUGGAUGAAGGUGCAAUUGAUACUGAAACAAAUUCUGAAAUACCACUUUCUCCUUCCUGUUUAGGUCCUCUGGACCUAACUGGUGUACAUUUCAGUCAGCGUAGCUCUGAGGGUAGUUCUCUUAUUUCUCUAGGAAAAAAGGACUAUUUGACAGGAACAGGCCAGGAUUCUUCACAUUUAGUCCUUGUGACCUUUAAGGAAGCAGUUGCCAUGAGCAGAAAAGUCACCAUUCCAGGCAUUUUGGUUCCUGAUCUCAUAGCAUUUAAUCUUAAAGCACAGGUAGUGGCAGUGGCUUCUAACACUUGUAAUAUAAUUUUGAUCUAUUCUGUCAUUCCAUGUUCUGUGCCAAGCAUCCAGAAAAUUCACCUAGAGAAUACUGAAAGACCAAAAGGCAUGUGUUUCUUGACAGACAAAUUGUUAUUGAUUUUGGUGGGAAAGCAGAAAUUCACCGAUACAACAUUUCUUCCUUCUUCAAAGUCCGAUCAGUAUGACAUUCGUUUGAUUGUUAAAGAAGUAACGUUGAAAGAAGAAUCUUCAGUAACCUCAAAUGAAAGGCAGAGUGCCUACUCUACUUUCAGUGCUCUGUUAAAUAAAGCAGAUAGAAAACAGUUAAUUGAAGGUCUUUCUCCAGAUUUUUGUUAUCAAAACAGAGGGCUCUUGUCAACAGCUAAUACCAGUAGUCAGAGUGGAAGGCCAGGAGGACCGCUUAUUGAAGAGAUCCAGAGUCCUUUGUCCAGUAUCUGCGAUGGCUGCAUAGCCCCAGAGACGCUCGACGCUCAGCCUGUUAACCAGUCAGCAGCAGUGCCCAGACACAGCAGCACACCGGACCACACCAGCGCACUGGAGCCUACUAAUUUGUCUCAAAGAAAGAACUUACAAAGAGAAAAGGAAACUUCUCAGCUAUCUAAGGAAGUGGAAAUUUUAUCUAGGAAACUCACUGAAAUGCAGCAAUGUCUUUCUGAACUCACACACUUUCUACAUAGUGGGAAGAAACCCUCUUCAGUGUAUCCGCUCUUUCAGGAUCCUCCUUACGUUCACAUCAUUUACCAGAAACCUCAUUAUGUAGGUCCUGUUGUUGAAAAAAGAGCGUUGCUUCUCUGCGAUGGCAAACUAAGGCUCGGUAUGGUUCAGCAGACUUUUGGCCUCUCUCUCAUUGAAAUGCUGCAUGACUCCCACUGGAUCCUUCUCUCUGCUGACAGCGAGGGCUUUAUCCCAUUAACUUUCACAGCCACACAGGAAAUAAUCGUAAGAGAUGGCAGCCUGUCCAGGUCAGAUGUCUUCAGAGACUCUUUGUCUCAGCCUGGAUCCCGUUUCUUCUCUUAAAGUCUUUAGA